CAGCGAGUAUAAUCACAACCGUUAGGAAGGCAAGGAAUCCUCACGUUGAAUAAUAUUUUGCCGUUUAAAAAUAGUAAGUAAUAAUCGAAAAGUCACGUGUAUUAUUUUGAAGUCAUGUGUAUUACACUUAGAAUUUACUGAGCACUUUAAAAACUAUGGGUUGUAUCCAGCUAAGUUCUACCCUGAGUAGACACACUGAAAUUAAGAUCUCUAUAUUAGUCACAUCCAUUAAUUUUAGUAGUGAGCAUGACUAAAAUUGGAUACAAUUCUAUUAUGCACAGCACUGACUCUGUGCAACAAGAUUUAUAAAUCAAUACAUACUGGAAUUAUUCUCUUUCUGCAAGUUCUUUAGCACUUAAAAGAGCUCUGUGAAGGAAGAAUAACCCUAAUAUUUCAUAUGUCUACUUUGUGUAUAUGACCAACCAACCAACAGCUCCUCUUUCUGGUCUGUAGAAACAGAUAUCUUUCUGCUCAUAUUCAGGCAUGAAAAGACAGAACACAAAACUAUUAAUGUUUAGCCCAGAAUAAAACAGUUUAAUCACUUGGUGUCAAGAAUGAAUGAGAAGUAUGUCUACUGGGGCUGGAGAGGUAUUUGGAGCCAUGCUUUAUCUAUAGCUGCAUAAAAAGCUGGGACCAGAGCAAUAUUCCAAAAGUUUCAGCAAUGACAAGCAAGUCUUCACCAGAGGUACUCAAUACCGUGUUAGAAACUCAGAUAUGUAAGCUAUUCACUAAAUGGCUCCUUAAACCUAGACUAUGGGCGCAACAACAGAAUGUCUAGUCACCACCAGGAGGGGGGGGAGAUUGUGUAUAUUGUCAAUGUUAAUAUAUUUUACAAUUCAGUCACACAUUUUAACAAUUACGGUAAUCUUUUUUUCAAAACAAGUGAACUAAUAUACAAUUCACAUCAAUGACUCAUUUUUAAUAACACAUUUUUCAUGGCAAUUAUUAACGGACCACCAGAAACAUUAAUGGGGGUUAGCCUCAGCAGUAGUGGACAAUCAUAAGUCAUUUGAACAAUUAAUAUUUAUAAAUACGGGUAUGUACAGAGAUACUCUUAACCAAAUAUAUUAAGUCGCAGGUUCAUCAAGUACUGCAGUCACAGUUAAAUAUGUUUGUUAUAUCAGAAUUCUUGGAAGAACAGGCCUAACCGCAGAAUCCUAAACAUUUCAACACAGAAAUAGAUGCUACUGAAUUCAAAAGAGGCUGCUCUCAGGCAAAUGGGAUUGGGAUCACAACCUAAUUCAUUAUUUUUCAGCAGUACCUCUAUAAUAGCAUGUUUAUGAAUACUCCAUUCGCAAGAUAACAUGUUUUGCAGGACUGCCUGUACAGCUGAGUCUUCAGAAUCUUGUUACCUAAAAGGUUUUGGGUACUUGGGAUGCCCCAUUUCUUGUGGCAUGUAAGCUCAGAGACCAGAGGCGGUGGUGGCUGUUGUCCAGUGGACUCCCACAGAGAGAGGAGAGAAGAGGAGGCCGAGGGAACACUUCACAAGGGAGGGUGUUCAAAAAGAGGUGAGGGGCUGCCCGCAGGCAACAGGGGAGCUGCAGAAAGAAUGGUUGGUCAAGGGAGCAGUGGACUCAGAAAGGUUGAAAACCUCUGGUGUACAUGAUCAACAUCCAGCUCAAUUGUCUACCAGCUUGCACUGCUCAGAUUAGAACUCUAACACAUAUGUUACUAUUAUUAUAGUUGUUGUUUUUGUUGCUGUGGUAAUUUUCAGCAAAGUUCCAUGAUUCCUACUGGGGCAAAACCCUAGCGUGUGCAAGCUUGACUCAACAACAGAUGGCAACAUUCUUUCUUUAGAAUUUAGGCAGCAACCCUAUGGAAAACUUCACACAUAUAUUUUAAAAUCAGCUAAGACUGCCAUCCUCAGUCCACUUAUCUGUAAAUAAGCUUCAAUGAAUUCAAUGGGAUUAGCUUGAGUAGGCAUGUAUAGGAUUGCAUUGUAAAUGUAUCUAUACUGGGGAGGUAAAAUAAUUGGGAGCUGAGUCCUGUGGUAUGGAGUACGAUGAAAUACUUCCACCUUUUCCUCUCUGUAUCCAUACUGAAUGAACUCUGAUUUCAGUAAGCAGCACUGUAUAGUGCUAAAGUUAGGGGGCUAAGUGGCACUGGUACACUCAAAAUAUAAAACAAUAAUUAUCAUAAGUCUUUCUUUUUCAGAAAACAAAUAACAAAUGUAUCAUGGCAGGAGCUUUCAUGGACCACUGUUCAAUCCAGAUGCAUGAAGUUUUUAUCCCAGGUUGUAAGUAAAUGUGCGUGGCAUGGUAUACUUGUAUACAGACAUAUACACGUUAGGUAGGUGGAGUGUAAACAGUGAGAUUAAAUGGAAAAACUAAAUCCAGAUUUUCCACAUUUCAUUUCCCUCUGAUUUCACUGCUUACAAUAAGCACCUGAUAAAUUUUGGGGUAAUACUAAUAUUAACAGUCUUCCAACAUUUAUAACAGGCCUCUGUCUCCUCAGAAGUAAUCCUCUCUGGGCUCUAGAGGACUUACUCUCAAGGACCGAAGUCUUAUUUUACUAAUCCUGAGGGAAAGAAGAAACUUUACAACUUCUAUAAUGAAAGGAGAGUCAAGCCCAAAUUCUUAAAGAAGGAAAGUAGGCAAUGGAGGUGGGAGGAACAAAAGCUUGCAUAAUCUCCCCUCUUUCUUCCAAAUGUCCUCACCAGCUGCUAUUUCUGACAACAGAACAAGGGGGCAACAAAAUAUAUUAUUUGGGGGACAAGUUGGUGAUGGUAACCCACCUUCCCCUUCCAUGUUGUCCUCUGCUCAGUUUUCAAAAAUUAAUUUGAUAAACACACUCACUGACAUGAUCUUUCUGAUGUUUGGCAGCACUUCAUCUUCAAGUCCACCAAGCCUACCCCUCUCUCUCAACUCACAAACCUUUCAGGCAAAGCAAUAAAAAUAUUAUAAAGGCAAGCUAUAGCCUGCCACACUCACACUCUUAAUGUAGCUCCUCUGCUCUCUGAAUGAAUAAAAGAUAAAGAUUGGAAAAUGCUGCAAACUGGAUUGGUUGGAGGCAUUGAUUGGGACCACCCUUUCUCAACGGUAUAUUGCUCUGUCCUGAAGGCCUGCUGAAUGUUGGGAGGGAGGGUUAAUAGAGGGGUGCUCCAUCCCAAUGCCCUCCCUCAGGUUUUUCUGUGUAUGAAGGAAAGAGCUGAUAUGGGGGGAAUUGUCCCCACCACAGCAAACAGGGGUGAGACCUAGCAACACAUCAUAUAGCGAUUGUUCAAUGGAUGCAUGCAUGCUGAGGCUUGUAGCUGCCUGGCCUUCAGAGGAAGACUGAAAAUGGAGUCCAGAGAGAUUGAGAGAGUAAUUUGGUGAAGGCCGGGUGGGGGCAAAGAGUGGAGCUCUGAUGGGGGCAAUCAUCAUAAUCUAAAGUGAAAUCCCCCUUGAGAGAUGGAUUAAUGAGUGUGUGUUGCAGGGAGAAUAGCAGAGACUGGGUUCUUCUGGCUUUAAGAGUUCUGGAAUUAUUGGGAGAGCAAUGCUCCACUUGUGCAAACUCACCGUCAUCCCCAACACUCUAAACCAGAAGAACAAAGCAGAAGCAGAGCUUAGAAUUUGACUGGGGUUUGGAGUCUUGCUCUGAAAAUGAACAAGCCAAGAUGAGUUCCACUUCUCUGGACAGGCAAGCAAAUGCCAUGACCUAAAUUUACCAACCCACCAUAUACAGUGGUACCUCAGGUUAAGAACUUAAUUUGUUCUGAAGUUCCAUUCUUAACCUGAAACUGUUCUUAACCUGAGGUACCACUUUAGCUAAUGGGGCCUCCCACUGCUGCCACACCGCCACCGCCCAAUCUCUGUUCUCAUCCUGAAGCAAAGUUCUUAACCUGAGGUACUAUUUCUGGGUUAGAGGAGUCGGUAACCUGAAGCGUCUGUAACCUGAAGCAUCUGUAACCCGAGGUACCACUGUAUAUCAAUGUCUAUAAACAUUUUGAAUAAAUCUGCAUAGUUUAGCCACUUAUUUGUAGUUCAGUCAACAGCUAAAAGUGGUUACCAUGGAUGCAGUUCACAGUUGUACCCACGCAUCAGUGCUGAGAAACUGAACAAGUAGGUGGCUACAGGAUAUCUGAACCCUGAUAGCGCAAAGAGGCUGGAUUUUUUCUGCAGCAAUAAGCUCUACUGCACCCAUAAAUCAUAGGUUGGAAUAAAUUAUCUUAAUAGUUAUGCUCUCUCCAGGUUACAUAAGUUUCCCAGUAAUGAAAAGCAGCGUAAUAGCAAAUGCCACACAGACGUUCUACCAUGGCAGGCAUCAUUGCUCAGUCAUUUUGUGUUUAUAAAGCACCUACAAUAAGAUGUAUAUAAUAACUAGGUAAAAUGGUAACCAAGGCCUUGCCCACCUAUUUAUCAUAAAAGUGUUCAGAAGACAGCACCAAAUGAAGCUUACUGUUUUUUAACAUGAAACAAAAGCUUCAACUAUUUUAACUGGUCUUAGACCCCACAUACAGUAUAUGGAAACCUAAUACAUACUCAUCUGUACUGUAAUCCAAACCAAGGCUACUAACAUAUCUAAAAGCAUGCCUAACAGAAAUGUUACACAGCCUCUAGAUUGAGUUCAAAGCAUUUCCCUGGGUUAUCCAUUCCAAUGAAUAAUAAUAAUAAUAAUAAUAAUUUAUUUGUACCCCGUCCAUCUGACUGGGUUGCUCCAGCCACUCUGGGAGGCUUCCAAACUAUAUCAAAACAUAAUAAAACAUUUAAAAGCUUCCCUUUACAUAAUAAUAACAAUAAUUUAUUAUUAUGAGCAGAUGACCACCUUGAAAGGAGGCUCCCACUGCAGUUCCCUAACGUUUUCUCGAUCUGCAUGUGGGUUGGUAGCUGUUCAAGGUACAGUUGAGUUUACAUUUGCAAGGCCUGUGCCAUAAACAGCUUUAUAAAAACAAAUACAGUCACUUUGAACUAGUCCCAGAAGUUAAUACGGAACCAAUGUAAUGCUGCAACACUGGUAGGACCAAUUUCCUCUUCCCAGUAUCAGUUAGGUAGGGCAGGAUGCAGCAUUUUGAACCAGAUGUUCCAAACCACGCACAGGCAAACUCAGCCCUCCAGAUGUUUUGGGACUACAACUUCCAUCAUCCCUAGCUAACAGGAUUAGUGGUCAGGGAUGAUGGGAAUCCCAAAACAUCUGGAGGGCCGAGUUUGCCUAUGCCUGUUCCAAACCAUUUUCAAUAGUAACUCCACGUUAACCACAAUGUAGCAGUCAAUCCUAUAAAUUGCACAAUGAAUAAAGACUACUGCAAACAAAGUGUCAAAAAGAUAAGAAAGAUUCAAGAUUCAGUACAGUGGUACCUCGGGUUACAUACACUUCAGGUUACAUACGCUUCAGGUUACAGACUCCGCUAACCCAGAAAUAUUACCUCGGGUUAAGAACUUUGCUUCAGGAUGAGAACAGAAAUCAUGCUCCAGCGGCGCGGUGGCAGCAGGAGGCCCCAUUAGCUAAAGUGGUGCUUCAGGUUAAGAACAGUUUCAGGUUAAGAACGGACCUCUGGAACAAAUUAAGUACUUAACCCAAAGUACCACUAUACAAAGAAACCUCUACGUGGCACAUACCCUGCAUACACACCCCAACACCCCUGUCACUGCUGGAUUCACUUUCACUAUUCCCUCAAAAAUAGCUACCAGGCAUUAGUUUAGAACUGGCACCACUAUUCUAUCUUGUACUUUAAAAAUGACAAAUUGAACUUAAGUGAGUUAUUGAAUGAUCCUGAAUUCUAAAUCCCCAGUGCCUCUAUAUAGAUACUGAACAACAAAAUCACCUUUCUGAAAUGUGCUGGAUUCUAUUAAAGACAACUAAUUUAAGUAUAAAAAUCUGUCAUUUUCAGCUACCAGGUGUAUACUGCAGGCAGAAGUUUGGAAGUUUGCAAAUCACAUGGGAAGAACACCCUUAUUACACAAGUAGAGCAGGUAAGUCUAAGCAACAUCAAUCCCAUAAAUUAGCCAUGGCUCCAGUAAUUUAUGAACCUAACAUGUUUGAUAAAUCAACACUAGUACCACACACUGCUAAAAGAAUUUAGUCACAUUCCAGUACAGCGGUACCUUGGUUUGCAACCGCUUUGGUUUACAACCGUUUUCUAUUACAACCACGUCAAACCCGGAAGUGUGUGUCCCUUUUUUUGGAUUACAACCAAUUUUUUGGGGGGAGGCCCCAUUGCCGAAAACACGCCUUGGGUUACAACCUGUUUUGGUUUACAACCAGACCUCCAGAACGGAUUAUGGUUGUAAACCAAGGUACCACUGUAAUAUCAAUGAUGCUAACUCCUAGAUGUGUACUUAAACGUCAGGCUACCAGAAUAAAAAUUGCUAAAAUUUUAUUUUUCCUUGUGUCUGUGAAAUUUGCUCUAUUUCUGAAUCAUGCAGCCUUCAGUUUUAGUAACAAUUUUUAAAAAAUCUAUUCUACAGCUUUCUAACAGGAAGACAGUGACCAUUUUAGGAGCGCCCAAUGUUUGUAGCUGCUCACGCGCACAUUGCAUCAAACCCGGAAGUGACCCAAAAACAUUACAAAAAGAGGUGGAACAGGUUGGGGCAUUUGCAGGCUUUUUCAAUGGUGUUUCAAAUAUACACAAUGUGUGGUGCCUUGGAACGAAACCCUGCAUAAAUUGGGAGUUUUCUGAAGGUGCAGAGUGACAGGUCACCCACGGUAGUGGAGAUCGAAACAUCUUCUGGUAAUAUACUUCAUAUACCACAUAUAAGAUUCACUCAGGUCCUAACAAAGAAUUAAACAAACUUGCUCCCCCCCCCGAAAUAAACAAGUUGUAUUUUAUAAAUAAUGUAGUGCAGAAGCAUAUGCAGGCAUUCCAUCUGCACUACAAUAAGACAGCCAAACUUUAAGCAUGACUUGAGAGACUGAUUUAACAAGACUUAGUUUCAAGUAACUGUGUUUAAGAUUACCUCUGGUUUUCAGCUGCAUAUUUUUAACAAACACAGAGAUACACUAGUAUAAUCCUUGGACACCAUAUGAAUCUUGCACACAUGGUAGUAUCAACUGGACAAACACC